UUGUGAAUUGAAUCGCGGCCUAAUCUCUUCUCCCUUAAUUUUCGCUUAGCUGAUAUUAAGAUAAACAAAUGUGGCUAUCCUUCAGUACAGCAGCUCUGAUUCUGCUCCUCCUAUGGGACUUCCAACGCAAACGAAGGCGAGUUGCCACCCUUGCGAGAUCGAAAAUCUCGGGACCACUUUCGAUCCCAAUAUUGGGAAAUGCUGGGCAGGCAUUCACUUUGAAGCCGGAAAAGAUGAUCCAAUGGCUUGGUAAUUACUUCAAUCAAUAUGGAAGAAGCUUUCGUAUCUGGAUCUUAGGCGAAUGCCAUAUUUUUACAAAGGAUUUACAGAUGUUUGAGGCCAUUCUUAGCAGUAGCACCCUACUCAAAAAGGCUGAGCCUUACCGAUAUAUGAUCGACUUCCUUAACGAUGGAAUUCUUUUAAGCACGGGAAGCAAGUGGGUUGCUCGGCGAAAGGCUAUACUUCCAGCCUUUCACUAUAAAUGCCUGGAGAAAUUUUUGGAGAUAAUGGAUAGAAACAGUGGGAUUAUGGUGGAGAAAUUGAGAGAGCUUGCAGAUGGGAAAACAUCAAUAGACCUUUUCAAGUAUGUUUCUUUGGAAGCUCUUGAUGUGACCACAGAGACCGCCAUGGGUGUCCAUGUGAAUGCCCAGAACGACCCUAACUGUGCUUAUACUAAGGCGCUUAAGAGUGUCGUCUAUAUUGAGUUGAGCCGCAUUGGAAGUUUAUCUCGGGGUUUCGACUGGCUUUUUCCGCUGGCAGAACCUUUAGUUUAUCGGCGACUGCAAAAAGAUAUACGCAUUAUGCAGGACUUUACAAACAAGGUCAUUCGCGAACGUCGAGCGAUUCUGGAGCAGUUAAAGGCAGACGGCUCCUACCGACCGCUGAGUCUUCUGGCCUUACUGGACAUCCUGCUGCAAGCCACUAUCGAGAAUAAGCCCCUAAGCGAUAUGGAUAUUCGCGAGGAGGUGAACAGCUUCAUAUUUGCGGGAGAUGACACAACCACCAGCGGGGUGUGCCAUGCCCUACAAGUCAUUUCAAGACAUCCCCGAGUGCAGAAGUGUAUCUACGAGGAACUAUUGUCAGUGCUGGGUCAAGAUCGCAACUCUCCAGUGAUCCAAUCCAAGUUGUUGGAACUAAAAUAUCUCGAAUGCGUGAUCAAGGAGACAAUGCGUUUGUAUCCACCAGUUCCAAUACUGGGGAGAUACAUCCCCAAGGACUUGCAAGUGGGUGAUACAACUAUUCCCGGCGGCACAAGCAUUGUAUUGGUGCCGUACUAUGUUUUACGAGAUCCUAAAUACUUUCCUGACCCCCUGACUUUUAAGCCCGAACGCUGGUUAAAUGGUAAAGAGGCUUCCCUCGCUGCCUAUGCAUAUAUUCCUUUUAGUUCGGGACCCAAGAACUGCAUAGGGCAGAAGUACUCCUAUCUGCAAAUGAAAACAUUGAUAAGUAAGGUCAUACGUCAUUACGAACUACUUCCUCUUGGAGAGGAGCCCAAUCCUACAUAUACAUUUAUAUUGAGUUCCUCCUCGGGAUUCAAUGUUGGCCUCAGGUCUAGAGAUAUUAUAAAUGAUUAA